AUGCACGCAGCCUACCUCCUGCUCGCCGCCUUCACGGGCGUCUCCGCCGUGACGACGACUCUCCCCGCAUCGGCCGGCACCAGCUCCGUGCCGACGGCGAUUCCCGUCAAGGGCAGCUUCGAUGGCGGCAUGAAGCGCUUCGAGCGCAACCCCGCCGUCUGCCAGGGCCAAACCGAGACCGGGGAGAAGGAUGCCAUGUUCAUCCUCGAGAACGGCGCGACGCUGUCCAACGUCAUCAUCGGCAAGUCGCAGGCCGAGGGCGUGCACUGCAAGGGCACCUGCACGCUCAACAACGUCUGGUGGGCAGACGUGUGCGAGGACGCGGCGACCUUCAAGCAGGGCUCCGGGACGAGCUACGUCCGGGGCGGAGGUGCCUUUAAGGCCUCGGACAAGAUCUUCCAGUUCAACGGGCGCGGCACCAUCGUCAUUGACAACUUUUACGCCAACGACUACGGCAAGCUGGUCAGGAGCUGUGGCAACUGCAAGGACAAUGGCGGACCAAGGAACGUCGUUAUUCAAAACUCCGUGGCUGUAAAGGGUGGCGUGCUGUGCGGCAUCAACUCAAACUAUGGCGACACCUGCAAGAUCACCAGCACUUGCCAGAACUCGAGCAAGUACUGCGACCGCUACGAGGGCAACAGCAACGGCAGCGAGCCGAAGAAACUCGGAAGCGGUCCCGAUGGCAAGUCGUGCGUUACUACCAGCGUCAGGAGUAACUGCUAG